AUGGAAGAGGAGGUGUUCUUAAAAUGCAAAGGAGACAGAGAAAUCAGAGGAAAGUUAGACGCAUACGAUAACCACCUGAAUAUGAUCCUGUCCAACGCGCACGAGACGUACAAGCAGAGCGUCAUGGAGAAUGAUGAGGAGUCCGUAAAGAAAAUCGAAAGGAACCUAGACAUGGUUUUCGUUCGGGGUGACUCCAUCAUCUUAGUGUCAUCGGCAACGAAGUAG